CGGACGAUUUACAGAACAGUAUUUAAGCUCUAGUUGGUUUAACUAGUAGCCUAUAGUACAACUAACGUUUUGAUCAUUUGAAUUAUCACUGAUGUGUUUAUAGGGAACAUCCUAGACUGGAGUUUGUUUUUGUGUGCUGGCCGGAUGUGUCCGAUGUGAUAAUACCAUCUAAAAUGGCAUGGCCUUGUGUUGAUGACCAGAUGUGGCCUUUGCUGCGCUUCAUGGUUUUGUCUGUCAUACCACAUUCUAUUGUUGCAUGUUCACCUCUAUCUAUUAGUACCAGCAGGCGAUUCUGACAGUAAAAAGGAAACUGCUUCGUCAUUCUGUGAACACUGUUAGGAUACUCGGUAUCUGGUACUGUAGGCUAUGUGGGAGUCAGAAUGAACUCAGAAUGUGUGGUAUUUAUUUAUUCUUUACUAAAACAGUUUAUAUGUGGUAAAGGGUACAGAAAUUCCUUUCACAAGAAAUGUUGAAAUAAUCUCUCUUAAAGCAGAACCAUGCAGCUCGUUAUGUAAGACUUUGGCACGACUAUCUAAAACUAAUGAAGGUCUAUUUAUGCUGCUACUUGUAAAUACCAUAUCCACAUACAUGUAUGUAUCAUUCCACCAAAUGCUUGAAUACUUGAUCACAAUGUGCAAUUGAUGAUACAGAGUUUAAACUGGAAAACAAACCUACAGUAAUGGUGGCGUAUUUAAUCUCCUGGCCUAACAGAGAUUGUGACUGGCAGCAUACUGUUCUCUGGGGUUGUACGCUGAUUAAGGUAUUUCUGUGUGAGGCCUUUGUUAAGGGUCAUGUGACUGGACUGUUGUUGUUCUGGUGUCAUGACGUUACAUUUUAGUUGCUUUUUAAAUCAGAAUAGAUCGGUUAUCAGACUGAUUUGACGAAGCUACUUUGUUAUAGUUGUCAAUUGCACACACUGUUUUUUUUAUGACCUUUAGGUUCAUUUGCACUGUGUCGUAACAUCAGUUGUUCCAACUGCCACAGCAGCACAAGUCCUUAAUUCUUCUAAUCAGUUCUGCCUAGAUUGAGUAAGAGAUUAUCUUUACCUUUACCCCUGGCUACUCAGCUGUGUCCUAACAGUGGUGCUGUUACGAGAGCUAUCUGUGAUCAGAUUUCACCGUGUGCCAGAAGUCAGCAGAAAAAUAGUUCAUAUGUUCUCUCGGUCAAUGAUCUGCAGUGCUUCAUACAAAAGGUGCACCACCAGCUCACAGUCUCUCAGUGUCAGGGGCAGGGUGGUACAGCCAACUCUAUUGUAGUGGACCUUACUAAGCGGCAGACAUGGGUCUUUUAAGGUCCUCUGUCCUCCUCUCUCUCCUACUGCAGGCUAUGUCUUUACCGACAGAGAGCUGGCAGAAUGCCACAUCUAUCUAUGAAUUCUCUGCCAAGGAUAUCGAUGGCAAUGAGGUGUCCCUCGAAAAAUACAGAGGCAACGUUGUCAUCAUCACAAACGUCGCCUCUAAAUGAGGUAAAACCCCAGUAAACUACUCUCAGCUUGCGGAGAUGCACGCUAAGUACGCUGAGAAAGGUUUACGGAUCCUGGGCUUCCCCUCCAACCAGUUCGGCAGGCAGGAACCGGGGACAGAGGCUCAGAUCAAGGAAUUUGCCAAGUCUUACCACGCUGAGUUUGACAUGUUCAGUAAGAUUGACGUGAACGGCGACAAUGCCCACCCCUUGUGGAAGUGGCUGAAGGAACAGCCAAAUGGAAAAGGCUUCAUGGGAAAUUCCAUCAAAUGGAAUUUCACCAAGUUCCUUAUCAACAAAGAGGGGCAGGUCGUGAAGAGAUAUUCUCCGAUGAAUGAUCCUAGCGUGGUGGAGAAGGAUCUUCCAAACUACCUGUAGUCUUUUCCUGAGUCGCGGAUGCAUUGUCUACUGAUCCUCCAUUUCUGCUUCCCCUCCCUCAUCUUCCCUCUCUCUGGCGGACAAAGAGGUGUGGGUGGGUCCACUUCCCAGACCAGUGACGGUCUGUCUGCAAACCCGUUUGACGGAUAGGACAGACCUGAUGAAAAACGGCGUGCAACCCUUACUGGGAAAACACCCACCUUAUACCAGAGCAGUUUGCUGGAAAGCCCCCUUGAACUCAGUGCCCCUCCAACCCAAUCACCACCACCACAGAAUGUCAAAACUGCAUCCAAACUACCCAUACUGUUGAGCUGUUUCAAACAAUUUGCUAAGUGUGAGGUUUGACCUCUUCUUCUAUAAAGGAAUUUACUUUCAAUAAACAUUUAUAUCAGAUGGA